AUGCGUUUGGCGCAGCUUGCGCUCGAGCGCAACGUCCGCUCUGUGCUCCUCGACCUCUCGACCGGGUACCACGCGGCCACGUGGCAUGCGAUCCUUCCCGCCCUCCGCAAGUCGGGCUACAAGCUCGGGGUGCAUCUUCCGCCGGCCGCGACGCUGGAUGGCGCCUGCGACUUUGCUACGACCGAGCGCAUGAGUCAAGCGGCGUUCCUUGACGCGGCCGCCUCGACGCUCGCCGUGCCGGCGAGCCGCACGCUGAUCGUGCACCCAAACGCUGGCGAGCAUAUUGCAAUGGUCGGCCUCGAUACCAGCACAGCGGUGCCCUUCCCGACGCCGGAUACGCUCGUGCAAGAUCUGCUUGGCUUCCAGCAUUGCCUCGACCCACUCUACCGCGCCUUUGGCCCGUACCCGAUUCGGUUCUCCGAGGUCUUUUACGAGUCGGCGCACUCGGUCGCCCUCGUGAACCUCAAGCCGAUCGUGCCAGGUACUACUACAAGCGUCAUCAUUCACACGGCAAUAGCGUUGCCGUAG